AUGAAGGAGGCAGUCUCCCUGGGUUUUGGUAUCGCCGUCUCAGGUGGUCGCGAUAAUCCACAUUUUACCUCUGGCGACCCGGCUGUCGUGAUCUCGGACGUCGUGCCAAACGGACCGGCCUGGGGACUGCUUCAAGUGAACGACCGUAUUCUCUCAGCCAACGGCGUGUCAUUCGAGAGCAUCGACUAUUCGAGCGCUGUCGACAUCAUUAAGAACGCUGAACACAUCAAUAUGGUAAGCUUUUUUAUCAGUAUCGUAGUUCUAUAG